CUCAUGAAUCAGAUGCAGAACAAUCUGAAUGCCAGCAUCUCACAGCAGAUCCAGGCCAUGCAGACCUCCAUUCAAGCUAGCUUCACCGAGCAGUUCGGGGUGCUCUCCAACUCUGUCAACCUGAGGCUCGACGACCAGAAUGCUGCCAUAGCGAUCCAGACCGCACAUCUAAAGUCUGUUCAGGAGACGGUGAACAAGCACUCGGCCGCGAUCGCCAUCCUGCAGGCUCAGUCUAGGGCAUCCAGCUCGACGGCGCACUUUGAGCAGGUCAAGAGCCAGAUCAUGACGGACAUCAUGGUCAACAACGUUACCCCUCAGUUCCAUCGGAUUAGUCAGUCGUAUAGUCUCACCUUCACCAGCGAGGCCCUGGCGAAAGAGUUCUCGGAGGUCUUCAACAAUGCUAACGCCACAUGGCAAGACCCCAGGGAUGGUGGGAUCCACUUUCUCAAGUCGCGGACGGAUUUGCCGAAGGAUGUCAGAACCACACAGCGCGCCCUCAGCAGAUGCUGGGACCCGAUCAUCGAGCUCUUCGCUGAGAGCCCUAAGUACACGCCGCAGAGCAAGCCCAUCAUCAAUGGCUACAAGGGCACCAUUCACUGGACUGACGGGGAAGAUGUAUGGCCGCUGGUGACAUGCACGGAUGUGAAUCACGCCGCCUUCACCUUCGACGUGGAUCAGCCUACGUGCGACUACUUCGACAUCGACGUAGCCAAGCUGACCACGAUCAUGGCG